AAGAGAUGCGAAGUAGUUGUCUUCUUCGGAGCAACUAGUUGUUGGUGUUUUGUUUAUGGUAUAACGUUUUGGAUUGUAGAGAUUAUAUUUUGUAUUUGCAUGGAGAAUAUAUUCUGUUGAGUGGACAUUUUAUUUUGGAUGUUCACAGUGUAUAAAGAUUCAAAAGGAUACUUUUUAUAAAUGGAGCCUUCAGUCAUGGGUGGUAAAGAAGAAUUUUUCGAUGCUGUAGAAGAACAAAAUGACCCUUUCGAUGACCUUAAUGAAACAGAUGAGUUGAGAAAACGCUGCUUGCACGAACUGCGAGAGUGGGCCAAAAGUCAACCCCAUUUUGUUAAUUGCCGCCUAGAUAAUAAUUUCUUGCUGAGAUUUCUGCGAAUGCGAAAGUAUCGAGUUGAUUUGGCUCAGCAAGUUUUGGAUAAAUAUUUAACUGUGAAAACCAAAUUUCCUAUGACUUACCAGAAGUUGGAUAUUCAUAAACCUAGUCUCAGAGAUCUUAUAUCUAGAGGAUAUGUGUUCCCUCUACCAGAAAGAGACAAAGACGGAAGAAUAGUAUUAUUCUGCAUUGCAAAGGCCUUGGAUACAACGAGGCAUAAGCAAUCGGAUGUCUUCAAGUCCUUCUUAUUAACCUUCGAAGUUUUAAUGGAGUGUGAAUUGAAUCAGAAAAGAGGAAUCAAUUAUAUAUUUACUCAAGAAGGCUAUCAAAUUCAGCACGCCCUGCUGGUAGGCCUCAGAGAUCUGCAGAAAAUGGUCCAUAGUGGAGAGAAAGCCAUUCCUCUGAGACACAAAGAGUUGCACUGGAUGAAUGUACCGAAAUAUUUAGCAACACUUUUUCAGUUGCUAAAAACAUUUUUGAGCCAAAAACUUCAAGAUCGGAUAAUUCUUCACCAUGACAUUUCGUCAUUGCAUGAUCGUUUUCCAACUAGCAUGCUGCCGAAGGAAUAUGGUGGAACCAUUCCAGUGAGAGAAAUGACAGCGAGGUGGAUUGAAAUCUUGGAUUCCAAGCGAGAUCAAAUUUUAGCUCUGGAUGAAAUGAAGGUGGAUGAAUCAAAGAGACCCAAGGAAAAACAAUCGGGAAGAAUCAUCCCACGUUUGGUAAAUAGUUUGAGCAGGAUGGAGUUAUACUGAUAUUCAUAUUUUUUUUAUCAUCCAUUUUUGAUGCAUCUGAUUAUGUAGUAUUAUAUCCCGUUGUCUAUUUAUUAUGUUACUAAGUGGUUGUUUUUUGAGAUUUUGGUGUAUACAAU